AUGGACUCCCCCAUCGUCACCCAGAUUUUCCGCCAGCUCUUCCGGAGCCAUUCAGCUUGCCAAUCGCGGCGGAACCUAACGACCCUUGCGACCGCGCUGCAGGAUGUGCGCCGACAACGACUCGAGCAGCAACAACUGCGUCACCCACUACGAAACCACCACCAGAAACAACCACAACAACGCCGCUCCUAUGUCAGCCGCGGCCAGGGGAAAUCGGGGGCUGCCUCGUCUCAGUUUGAGAAGAAUUGGCAGCCGCGGUCGGAUGUGUUCCAGUACGACAUGUCUGAGGAGUUCCAAAAAUAUCCCAUGCUCACCGCGAUGGAGCUCCGCGGGCGUAGUGACCGGCCCCGCAGAUUGAAGAUGUUGAUGAGGGACUUCAUAGAAGAUAGUCUCUACAAUCCCAAUUACGGUUACUUCUCGAAACAAGUCGUCAUCUUCACCCCCGGAGAACCCUUUAACUUCCCUUCGUUAUACGACGAACUCGACUUUCACAAUCUCUUAACCCGUCGAUACGUCGCGUUUGAAGACGCUCUCGAUGCCGUCUCCCCAACCGAUACCCGCCAGCUGUGGUACACCCCUACCGAGCUAUUUCGCCCCUUUUACGGCGAGUCCAUCGCGCGGUACCUCAUUGCCAACUACAAGCUCACCACCUUCCCCUACCACGACCUGAUCAUCUACGAGAUGGGUGCCGGCCGUGGUACCCUUAUGCUCAACAUCCUCGACUACAUACGCGAGGCUGACCCGGCCGUAUACGACCGUACCAAGUACAAAAUCAUCGAGAUUAGUACCCAACUCGCGGAACUCCAGAACUCUCAACUCAUGCAGUCUUUCGCCGCCCGGGGUCAUGCAGAGAAAGUGGAGAUUAUCAACCAGUCCAUCUUCGACUGGAGCAAUCCCGUUCCCUCGCCCUGUUUCUUCCUCGCCUUCGAGGUCUUCGACAACUUCGCCCACGAUAUCAUCCGCUACGACGUCGAGACACAGACACCACACCAAGGCCUAGUCCUUGUCGACGAGAACGGCGACUUCUAUGAGUUUUAUACAAAACAACUGGACCCCGUUGCCGCUCGGUACCUCUCCAUACGUGAGGCUGCUACAGGGGGCAAGUACACUGUCCCGUACCCAACCACCCGCCUCGGCCGGUGGUUCGCGAACCAAAAGCCGCUGGCCGCCAACCUCAGCCCUCCAGAAUACAUCCCCACGCGGCUGAUGCAGUUCUUCGAGAUACUUGCACAGUACUUCCCCGCGCACCGACUGGUGACCAGCGAUUUCCAUUCGCUACCGGACGCCACCAAGGGCCUGAACGCACCCAUUGUGCAAACGCGGUACCAGCGGCAGCCGGUGCCCGUUUCCACUCCAUUGGUCCACCAAGGCUACUUCGACAUCAUGUUCCCCACCAAUUUCCAAACCGCCGAGGCCACUUACCAAGCCAUUACCGGCAAGCUAACCCGUGUAUCGACCCACGAGGAGUUCAUGCGGCGCUGGGCCUAUCUUGAGGACACCGAGACCCGGAGCGGGGAGAACCCGCUGCUGACAUGGUAUAAAAACGCCAGUGUAAUGUUGACUGUGUAA